AUGGCUGGCUCGUCAGUGACCUCCCACGAGGUCGCACUGCGUACUUUGCAAGAUAUUCUGCUCGAUUUCAACAUCCCUUUACCCACCAGUGAGAAAGGACCCACAAUCAGUUUCAUCGGAGGCAUUCCGCCGGUGUCGGAGACUAAAAGCGAGAAGAUCAAUCUGUCACUCAUAGGCACAAUACCGGCAUUGGCAAAUGCUGUCACAGCAGCGCAGAUAUGGGAGGCUCGAGGGGGCAAGCGACAAUGCGUUGAGUCUGAUCUGCGGCGCGGACACAACUAUAUCGAUCCGGAUAUUGGGAUGACGCCUUCACUCAAUGGACAGGAGAUACCGUUGGAUAUGGUGGCUGGCAAUCCUUUUCUUUUCAAUAUCUUUGAGACAAGGGAUGGACGGUCGGUCGUCCUGAGUGCUGUGUACGUUGAUCUGGUGUAUCGAUGGAGUGCAUUUUUGGGUUGUUCGGUUGCAGAGAGUGCUGUGAGGAACGCAGUGAGGAAGUGGAAUUCGGAAGAGCUCGAAGUUGCGGCUGCUGCAGCAGGCAUGCCCAUGGCCAUCUGUCAGACUGAAGAAUCAUGGAGUUCACAUCCUCAAGGCAGUCAUUUGGCCCAACUGCCAUGGGUUCCCACUGAGCCUGCAAAGAGCCUUCAACCCAUAACAGAGAAUAUUCCUUGGUCGUAUCUUCCCGAUUCAUGCCACCGACCAUUAUCAGGUAUAAAGGUUCUCUGUCUCACUCACGCCAUCGCUGGUCCAUCCGCCGGCCGAACCCUCGCUGAACACGGGGCUUCUGUUCUUCAAAUCAUGUUCACUCAUGGGUUUGAGCACCCCUUCGUCUACACAUACGCCAACCUAGGUACUGCAUCCUCUCGCUUGAACCUCCAUAGGGGAAGUGAUGUAUCUCGUCUCAGAGAUCUGGUCGGGCAAGCACAUGUAUGGAUCGAUUCGUACCGAGCAAAUGCUAUUUCGAAGUUCGGGUUCGGCGAAGAAGAUCUACGUCGGAUCAACCCGGGGUUGAUUGUUUGUCGCACGCGCUGCUAUGGUACAACCGGGCCGUGGGCUUCCAAGCCUGGCUUCGAUAUGCAAGGUUCGGCUAGCAGCGGUAUGAUGGCUGUUAUGGGCGAGGGAGAGGAAGAUGCAAAGCCUAGGUGGCCACCUGGGAUGGUGAUCAAUGACUACACGACUGGGUACGCGACGGCUUUGGCGGUGCAAAGCGUAUUGUUGAAGCGGUUCACCGGAAAGACUGACCCUGCGAUCGGCUGGAAUAUCAGCCCCAGUCUGUGUGGUACAGCAAUGGGCAUUCUCAAGUACUUCAAGACAAGUCGCUUCGGUGCAGUUCAGGAUUCAGGUUCGAGAGCACUGCCACCGGAAAUGCUUCAAGGUCAGACAAACUUGGGGUAUUUGAAAACGCUGGCACCGUUGCCCAAGAUGAGCCUGACGCCCCUGGCAUACGAACUCUGUAUUUUGCAGACAAUCGGCUCUAGCAGGCCGGUGUUUCCAGGAUUCGACGAUGGAUAUGACGUGUUAGCCUUGGAUCCGAUGCGGAAAGACGAAGUUGCGGAGUCAUUCGUCAAAGGAUCUAAGGACAAAAUCGAGCGGCUUUUGCACCUUGGCCAGCAAGCGAGAGCAAAAUUUGAGACGUAG